AUGCAAUCCAUCAAAACCCCCCUCUUGGAAAUCCAUUACCUUUCCCUCGGCCCACCGACCGGCUGGCCCGUCAUUCUCUCCCACGGCUUCCCCUACUCCCCCCACGCCUACGCCAAUGUCGCACCUCUCCUUCAAAAAGCCGGUGCCCGCGUCAUCAUCCCCUACACACGCGGCUACGGCCCGACGCGUUUCCUCUACCAAAGCACCAUGCGCAGCGGCCAGCAAGCCGCCCUCGCAACCGAUAUCGUCGCGCUCAUGGACGCCCUUGGUAUUUCAAAGGCCAUUCUUGCAGGGUUUGAUUGGGGCGGACUCGCGUCCUGCGCGGCUGCUGCGUUGUUUCCUGAGCGCGUGGCGGGGCUGGUGAGCUACGCGGGGUACGACGUCGCGGACGUAGAGGCGCAGAAGCAUGCUGUUGCGCCGGCUUUGGAGCGCGUGAUGUGGUACCAGCACUUGUUCCAGAGCGAGCGGGGGAGAGAGUGCCUUUCCAAGGACAGACGUGCGCUGUGCAGGCUAUUAUGGGAGGAGUGGUCGCCGAACUGGGGCAGCGUUGACGAGGCGUUUGAGCACAGUGCGGAAGCGUUCGACAACGAGGACUGGGUUGAUGUGGUGAUACAUUGCUAUCGUUUUCACUUGGGGAAGGAGGGUGGGGAUCCGGCAAUGGACGAGCUGGAGGAGAAGCUGGCGAGGAAGCCGAAGAUUGAUGUGCCGACUAUUACGUUGGAUGGAUUGGAGGAUCCUUUGAAACCUGAGGGGUCGGCUAAUCAUGCGCAGUUCUUCACGGGAAGGCAUGAGCGGUGGGAGGUGCGUUGUGGGCAUGCGUUUCCUCUUGAGGCUCCGGAGGAGUUUGCGUCUGCCAUCAUCAAGGUACAUGAGUGGUCUGAGAGUGAUCAGUAA